AGUUCGUCAUCGUCUGUGAAAGAGGUUGGUCGAUUGUUCGACGUGAAUCCAAGUUUUAAUUAUACAUAGACAUAUACCCAAACCAAGCAUACAAUAUAUAUAUAUAUUAUAUAUAUACCCUAAAAUAUAAGACAAGUACAUUAAAAAAAAGUAAAUCUGAGAAAAUUGUACGCCAAUUCUCAAAACAAAAUAAGUGAUUUUUUUUCUAUUUAAACACUGACAACAGAAUAAAUAAAAAGGUUAAUUGAAAAAAUACAAAAAAGAAUAAUAUUUUUUUGGCAAUUUAAAAAGAAAAAAAUAAGAAAAGAAAAUGAGUCCAAGCGUUAAUAUGGCAUUCCGUGGUAACAACAAUCGCAACCGCAAUUUCGGCGGUAAUUAUGGUGGUGGCCCAAUGGCUGGUGGUAAUAAUCGCAUGGGCAUGAAUAUGAGUCCUUGGGAUAACCAAAAUGCCGGCGGUGGCAAUUACGGAGGUGGUAAUAUGCGCCAAGGUGGUGGUGGUGGUGUUGGCGGUGGUCAAGGCAUGAAUGCCCAAGCCAUUAGUCUUGCUAAUAAUCUGCUCAAUAAUUUGUUCAGAAACCAAAAUCCACCAUCAUUGUUGGAUCUUCCACGAGGAGGUGGUGGAAUGGCGGGUAACCGCAAUCAACGCCCAGGACCGAUGGUCAAUCGAGCUGGCCCUGGCAAUCGCAAUAACCAACGCCGAGUUCAAGGAGGUUUCAAUAACCGUGGUGGUGCAAAGGUUGCAGCCAAUAAACAAGGUGGCGGUAUUCGUAAACAGAAUGCCUUUGAUCGUGCCAAGAAACUUCUGGCUAAAAAUUCCAAUAAAAAAAAGGAUUCAGCUCCUGGUGAAAAUACUGAAAAUACUAAGAAAAACGAGAGCCAAGUCAAGGAAUCUCCCUACGCCAAUGUACCCAACGACAUGUUCUACUGUCAUUUGUGCAAGAAACACAUGUGGGAUGCCAAUUCAUUUGAGAACCACAUCAAGGGACGUGCUCAUUUGAUGAUGCGCGAAGGUAUUGAAGAAAGCUACCGUCUACGUGCUAACAUGAUCCGUCAGGAAGCCAAGAUUGCCGAACAAUUGAAGUCGGUUGAAUUGGAUCGCUUGAAGCGUAUGGGCAAGUCCAAGAACCGCAACUUGGAAUACUGUACCAUGUGUGAUUUGAACUUCCAUGGUCAUUUGUCGGCCCAUCGUAAGUCCGAUGGACAUUUGCAAUUGAAGAAGUUCUUGCAUCCCAAGUGCGCUGAGUGCAAUAAGGAAUUCUCCACCCGCAUCGAUUACGACUCUCAUUUACUUUCUGCUGACCAUUUGAAGAAGGCCGCCGAGAAGAACACUAAGGUUGGCGAGCGCAAGAAGAACACCUUGACCAUCUUGACUGAGGAGGAUGAAUUGAAGGACGUCCGCCCACCACAAAAGAAGAAGAAGAAGGUUGCUGCCCCAGCCGUUGCUGGUGAAGUCAAGAAAGAGGGUGAGGAAGGCGCUGAAAAGAAGGAUGAUGAAGAGGGUGAAGAGAAGAAGGAAGGCGAAGAAGAUGCCGCCGAUGAAACCAAGGAGGGUGAUGAAUUGAAUGAAACAAAGGAAGAAGAAGAGGAGGAAGUUGCUCUGCCGGAAGAUGCUGAAGACAUCAUUGUAGACUUCAACGAUGGCGAUGAUGUGCCAGUUGAGAUCGAUGCCAAGUUGCCAAAAUACAACUGGACCCGUCCAGUCGGAGCAAGUAUGAUCACAAAGCUUGAAUGCUACGAAUGCUCGAUCUGUGGCAAAUUCUUCGACAACGAAAAGACUGUGGAGGUACAUUCACGUACCGUUUCUCACCACCGUCAAUUCGUGAAAUUCCUGAAUGAUAAGUCCAGCGAUACCAAGAUUGCUCAGAAGAGGGCUGCCGCUGCCAUCGAAGAGACAGAGCGCAAGAAGAGGAAGAUUGAAGAAGCCACUGCCGCCGCAGCCGCUUCCGAAGUCAAGAAGGAAGAGGGCGGAGAAGCCGAAGGUGAAGCCAAGGAAGAAAACGGUGAGGAAGCCAACGACGAAUUGUACGAUCCAUCAGAAGCCACCGGUGAUGAUGAGGACGUCGAUAUGGCUGAGAACGGUGACAAGGAAGCAGUUGCCGAUGAAGAGAUGGCUGAUGAGGAGAAUGGCGACGCAGCUGCCGAAGAAGAAGAAGAUAUGGAAACACAAAACGAUGAUGCUAAAGACGAAACACCAACAAAGGCUGAUCAACCUGCUGCUAAAGCUCCAGCUACACCUGCUCCUGCAACACCAGCAACUCCAGCAGCAACCACUCCAACACAAGCAUCUCCCCAAAAAAAGGGAGCCGCUGCCGCGAAAACACCAGCCGCUAAAGCGACGCCCAGAGGUCGUGGACGCGGUCGUUACAACCGAUACUAGGUUUAUACAAACAUUUAAAACAAAAAAAUGACUACAAAAUAUUGAAAUAUAUAAAAGAAAACACAUUAAGUAGGUCUUUUUUAUUUUAAUUUCUCUAAGCAUAAUAGAAAUAUGCGCAAAGGUAUUAUUAUUAUGAAAAAUAUAAUAACGGCACGUGUAUUAAAAUUUACCAUUCUCUGACAUACUUAGUAAUUUAUAAUUUUAAUUUUAACAAUUAAAUCAAGCAAACAAAAACAAUAAAUAAACCUUAGAUGUAAACAAAAGAAAAAAA